AUGAAUAGCAAGACCCAGCUCGACUAUAUUCUGAAUCCUGUUAUGGAGACUGUACGACUCUCCCCGCUAUUACCGUAUCCGUUGCCGCUGCAAUCGGAAACGUGCUGUCUUUCGUCAGGCUCUAACGCAAGCUCUCCCAGCUCCGUGUCGAGCUGGAAUAGUGAUCCAAAGAUACUUGCCGCUCUGCUAUGUGCAUCAGGAUCCUCCGUACAACUUAACAUUGAAAAGCUAUCCGGUCUCAAGUCAUGCAUGAAGAUCCAUCCCAUCUCUAACUCAGUACAUUCGAUCCCCAUGUCAUUCGUGUCCUCGAUACCCAUCAACGAUUGCGCCGUUGGAUUUGCAAGCGCUAAGAAUGAGAAACUUAACCUCUACAGCCCUGCAAUGACUCCUACAGCCUCGUUAUCACCUCAGUUAAAGACACGCGUUUGCAAAGAAAAGGGCUGCACCAGUCUAGCGGUCUCGCGUCGCCGCUGCGUGCGUCAUGGUGGCGGUUCGCGAUGCGUUUUUAAUGGCUGCACGAAAGGGGCGAAGCUACACAAUCUCUGCUUCCAACACGGGGGUUCGACCAUCUGCUUGGCCUCAGGUUGUAAUAGUAAGGCAAAGCGCUACGGCUACUGCUGGUCACACGGCGGCGGCCGCAUCUGCAGUCAUGAAAACUGUGAGAAGGUGGCGGCUCAGGGCGGAUCGUGCUGGGCACAUGGAGGUGGCAAUCGUUGCAAGCUCAAGGGAUGUAGUAAGCGCUCAUAUCAAAAACAUGGCUAUUUCUGCAAGAGACACGCUUUCUACAACGUAUGA